AUUUCCGCGAACUUGCCGCGAACGGACGGGACGAGAUUCGAGAUAGAUAUCAAAUCAAUAAUUAUAAAGUUCUCUACUUCAAUAAUUAACAAAUUCGUGUGCUUACUCUUUUUAUAGUCUAAUAGAUAGUAAAUCUUUGGUUACAAUUAUCUUCAAAUUUACGGUAUUUAACAAAAUGGGUGACCCCGUAGAACUUACGAUAUGGCCGAAGCACCAAAAUAUAUUUUACUAUGUGUCGAGUAGUGGCUUAUCUUUUGAUGUGAAGGCUCCAGCUAAUGCUAUCAUAGGUCUGGCCAGGAGACCUGGCAGCAGCUGUGAUUACUGGGUUGGUAUUGGAGAUGGCAAUCGCUGCUGGAUUAAAAAAGAUGAAGAGCACUGCAAAUCAAUGCCUGUUCAAGAUAUACUUUCUGCAGACCAGUUCCGUAAAUUCUGGCUCCAGUGGAAUGGAGGCUUGAUACGUUUGGGUCGCCACAGUGACAAUAAACCCAUAGUAACAUAUGUCAACAAGCUCCCAGAUAUCAAGUAUAUCACAUUCGAUGUGAUGAGAGAACAUAAUCCUGUUCAUUGGAAAUUCGAUUUGGCACCAAUGAGACCAAGGCUACCAUACAAACAUAUAUCUGCUGGGAAGCUAACCUGGAUUGAAGCUGGUGACCAGUUGCCCGAUGGGGCUUUGAUAGGCGGGUAUGAAAAUGAAACCCUGUAUAUAGUACGUGCCCCCCACAGGCUUUCGUUGACACCGGGCAAAUUUGUACCUUCUGAAGGUGUUGCAUAUGUGUCCUGGGGAGGAGAGGCUAAUCCAAAGAGCGAAUUUGAGGUGCUUUGUGGUUACGAUUGCACUUGGGUCACCACAUGUGAGGACCGCAUUCCUGUUGGAGCAGUAAGUGGGGGCUACUCAGAAGACCGUCAGGAGAGGCUUUACAUUGGCAGGGCCGUACACAAUGGACACAUUAUUCCAGGAAAAGUACAACCCUCUCAUAAGGUGUGCUACAUAGCAUUUGAUGGACACGAGAUUGCAAAGAAAAGAUACGAGAUACUUGUGGAACCUAGCAAUAUACGAUGUGUGAACAAGACCUAUCUCUCGGGCAUGGACAUUGACAGUGCAUCUGAAUCUGAUCAAGAUGAUGACCACACUUGGCAAGCUGAUGAUGAAGAAGAUAUAUAUGAUUAUGAUAGCAAUGAUGAUUUAAAUGAAGUGAUGGCUUUGUAGUUAAGGGAGUUGUUGAUGGUACGGAUUUUAUUGUUGAAGUGUUAUAUGAUAUUCAUUUUAUCUUAACUUCAAUGGUAUUAUUAGUGUUUGAGGUGUGGAGAUUAAAGGGCAAAGCUGAUUAUGGACUUAAGGAAAAGCCCUUCCAAGAAAUCAACUCAAAUAAAAAUUAAUGUAAGUAUUUCUUAACUGUAAGCCUAUUUAGUAGAUUGUGAGCUUUGGUUGACAACUGAGAUCUGGCAAAAAUCAAGUUGUUUUAAGCUGAAAAUGUUACGGAAUAGGUCUAUAGCUACUUCUGUUGAUCUUCGAUGUUAUUCCCUCUACAUACUUGUUGGUGUAUUAUUAUCAUAGUUUGUUACUAUUCCUAAAAUAAUAAUAUAAAAUUGUAUGUUACUAUUCGUUAUUAUUAAUAUGUAAUAAUCAAUGUGGUAGAAAUUAUUAUAGACAAAAUUUGUAAUAAAAAUUUUCAUCAUUGUUUCAUCAAAGAUUCAUGGGAAAUGUGUUUAUGGUCAUUUUAUAAGUUUUACAUAGAGCAAUACGGAACCUCGCGGAAGUUUUAUGAUAUAUUGAAUCAAUUAUAGUUAUUAAUUUAUCUAAAGUGCAUUUUUCACAAGUCCAAUUGGGAAUAUAGCCUUCGAGCUUAUGUUAUUGAAUCAAUGUUAGUCAUAUGUACAUUUAAAAUGUAACAAAAGGAUGUAGAUGUUUGACUAUUCUUUGUGUAAUAUUUGUCGAAUAGAUAGGUAAAAAAAACCACAUUGUAAAUCUAAAAAAACAUUUAAUAAAAUAUAACAUAUUAUUACAUACAACUAGAAUAUUAUGCAGUGCAUUAUAAUUAACAGAAUCGUGAUUAUUGUGGCUUCAUACGCGAGCCACUUACAAUAAAUGCACUAGGUAUAUGAAGGCUCAAUUCGCGCGUGAUUUGAAGUUUGUGUUCCUUUACUCGACGAGGAUUUCAUAUUCGGGGAAGCCAAGCUCUUGGCCGCCGAAGGAGAUGUAGCACACUCCAUGUGACUGCUGGACCUUGCCGGUAGUGAGGCUGCCCUCGUGACGCACACGACCCACCAUCAGAGGCUCCCCGUCCUCGGACUCUCCUCCCGGGAGCGCGUUGGGGGGAAUGUUAGAUCCCGACGUUGGCACCCAGUUGUUGGGUCCGCCGACUAGUACCUGCAAAUCAAUGUUUAACAUUUAAGAGAGAGUUGAGUGUUCAAAUAGCUCACGUGCAAACUAGAUCGCACUAUCGCUAUAGCUAUCGCUAGAGCGCACUGUUUCCUUGAUCACAAGGAAACAUUGCGCUCGGGUGAAGUUUACUAUAUUUUUAGUGAGAAGAUAGGUAUAAUACUAAUAGACACACACUUAUAAUGAUUUAGUAUUGUAUAUUCCAUUGUUUAGGGUAAGUAAAGUAUCUACUUCUUUCAAAUUAUAUUCUUCAAAUAUUAUUGAUAAGUAUUAUUAAUUUAAAACAAUGUUUACCUAUUUCAUGUUCAAGCAAAACAAUAUAAAUGUUCAUUCUAAAGUU